AAAAAAACCCGAGCAAAACACGGAAGUGGAGCGGCUUUAGUUAGAUCAGCGGGAAAGUGAAAGCAAAUCAGGCCGGAACAGUAGGACGCACAGGCAAUGCUAAGGAAGUGUUAGCUUCACUUCAACUGCUGAGACACAGAAACCGACCGAGAGAAUAAUAAGAGCAAGAAUCUCGACUGUAGUUAUUUCAGUCACACGGCGAGCACACAGGAUUAGAGAAAUUUCAGAAAGACCACACUGACCGCACUGUGUCCAGUGAUGUACAGUGGUGAGACAAGCUGAUUGCAUGCAGCAGUUCCAUAUAACAUCAUGUUUAGGCUUCCCUGGGACUACUCUCUCUCUCUUCCUAGACUGCUGCCCCUCCUUCCCCCUUUCUUCAAUAUGAACCCUCCAGGGGCAUUCAGGGAUAGAUGCAAUGAUGAUGACCUGCCCCAGAUGGACGGCACAUGUGACGCGUGUGAACCAGAUGAACCGCAGGCCGCUACGCAAAUGUGUGUGAUUUGCCGCUUUGCCUUUUGUGUGGUCCAUGCAGAGAAACACGCACGCAGCACCAGACAUCCACUUCAGCCCUACACACCCCCAGAGCCUGGAGUAAAUGCCAAUGCCCACGUCAAUGCUGAACCUGAGGCAAAUGAAAACCGGCUGGAGGAGGCCGAGGCUGCUGGGGGUAGAGGUGAAGGGAUGGAGGAGCAGGACAAGGAGCAAAGUGCGCGUGAAUCAGGAAAGAGAGACACAGUGACUGUAGAAAGACUGAGAUGUAAGGAACAUGGAGAGGAGGGCUCGUUGUACUGCAAAAAGGAUGAAAAGAUUGUGUGUGUGUUGUGUGCUGUUCAAGGAGAUCAUCGAGGACAUGAGAUCAUCACACUCCGGGAAGCCUACAUGUGGCAGAAGAGUAAAGAGAGCAUAGAUCUGCUAGCAUGUACUCAAGAAGUGUCUGAGAAGAUCAAGACCAAGUGGACCAGUCCAGAUAUGAGCCCAGACGAGCUAGAACGCUACGUGAACCAGCAGUUUGAUGAGCUACAGAGGCUGGUGCGUCAGGAGGAGUGGCGCGUUCUUCACCUGGUAGACCUGAAGGAGGCCUUUUUGACAGCACAUGCUGCAGAGAAGAUUGCUGAGAUCAGCGUUCACACUGAGAAACUGCAGGAGGAGAUGGAUUCAAUCACACAGCAGCUGGGUGAGCUUGACCAUGCUGAGCAAAAUGGCGUAGCCCCAGCCGACCUGGCACCUCUGCUGGCAGGACAACCACGGCCGCAUGGUGCUGCUCGUCUCGAACCAAGGCCUCUGAUGGGCCCUGAAGCCAGACCAAGACUACCUGCUCAGCAGCGAGACCCUCAGGAUCCUCGAGACUAUGGAGAAGACUCUUCCAUGGGCCAUGCUCCGUAACAGCAACAGCAGAGUCCAACAUCUACGAUCUGCCUUAUUCUUAUGAACUGGGACAUUGGAGUGGACGGUCUGUCUUUAUAGCUACUGAAACUACCUUUCUGUAUCGAUUUUCUGCAUGGAUUGUUGCCUUUUAACGUUCAGUCUUUGCUGCUUGUCUUCUCAUGAGGAAAAGGAUGAAUUGAAUGGAGUUGAUUGCAGUCAGAGUGAGUCUUCAACACCAGUCAGACACUUGGCUGAGGAUGUGCAGCUGAACGGCGCAAAUUAAAAGACGGGAAUGUAAACCAAAUCCAGUUUGCCUUCGCUUGUAUAUUAGUCAUGAUUAUAGUGCUGGAUUUGUGGAAUAUGAAUUCCCAACCUAGUAUACAAGUGCAGUGUAUACUAGAUUUCAUCAAUUCUUGGGCAGUUGCAUUACUAUUUUUUCAGUUUUACCCCAUUUCCUCCCGAUUUGUUUACUUUUCUGUUCUCACCCACCAGCUAUGCAUAUUCUGUCACAUGACAGCUACCAACCAUGGAAGAUGAAAGCUAGCACAUGCUUCUUCAGAAACACGUGAAUCCAGCCACUGCAUCUUUUGAAUGGCUGCUCAUGCAGCACAGGGCAGUGUAACACGCUCAAGCCUAACGUAUACUUCAGGCUGCACCUGAAACCGCAUGUAUUUUGCAUCAUAUAUAGUAGGUUAAGCCUCUGGUAUACUUAGUUUUUUUACGUGUACACUAGCGUAUGCACGCAGUCGUACGCAUAGUCUUUCAAAGUAUACUCCAUUUGACAUGUACGUGUACACAGGCGGUCAACGCAUGCGCAUUAUGACAACUUGCACUACCCCUCCUGGCCUACAGGUGUCAGUACAGAGCACUAACUACCUUGAGAAUCAACGGCCCUGGAACAACUAAAUAGUGCAAAAGAAUUAAGUGCGUACAAAGUACACGUCACACGCACUGUACACUGUUCCUAGCGUACGUGUAAAAAGUGAAGUAUACUAUGGGCUUCAGAGGAAAGUGCUAACUGCCCUCUCAUAUGAGCUCACAGACACCCACGAUUAUAACGCUGUUAUAAUCAGACACCCAAAGAGCACGGCCAAUUUUGCUUUCUCACUUUGGCACUGUCAUGAAACAAACCCUUCAAUCUCCUGAUGAUCAGAGCCACUCAGGAGCCAUAAAAACUGAUGGUGGUAAGAAAGGAUGGAAAUGGUUGGCUGUUGUUGUCCAUACAUGGAUUCAGUACUGCAAAAUGCCUUAAAAAACAACAUCAGUUUGGUGAAAACUCCAAAAGUGAGUUUGAUACAAGAGAUACAGAAAAGAGAGAAAAAUCACCAAAAAAAAGAAAGAAACAUGUCCAUAUUAACAUGGACUACCUCUGUCUGAACUGUAACAAGCAAAUUAGACAGUAACAGGUUGUUUUUCAUCUGUCUCAACAUGAGGAAAAAUGUCUCAUCUAUGUGUAAUUAUUGUAGGAAACUACAGACUUUUGUAAAUGGCACUCAUGUAAGUACAUGCAAUCAUUUUUCAAGUUUUGUAUGGCUGUGUAAAUAUGUGUAGCAUCUCCUAACUGCCACUUUUUAGUUUUGUGCUAGAACAUAUGACCUUCAUUUACUGUGCUCUUGCUUAUGAUGCUGAUGAAAAUGUCACAGGUUUUGUUCGAAAAAAAGUAUGAGAUGCCUUCAAAUCCACUAAUCAUUUGAACAGUCAAAAGAAUUUCAUUGUACAAUAAAAUUCAUAGGGUGUGGUUCUAUCAAAUUGUAGGAAGUACAAACAUAUGUGUUGUGUAUAAACACACAAUACUACACAAAAUGCAAAGACGCAAAAAAAAAAAAAAAAAAGUACAGUGGUAGCUCAGUGGUUAAGAUGUUAGGCUUCUGAUCAGAAGGUCAUGAGUUCAAAUCCCAGCACCGUCUGCUCAGAAGCUAAGGGCUCCAGAGCAAGGCCCUUAACCCUCAACUGUUCCGGUGAAUAAAUGAUGAACGUAAGUCACUCUGGAUAAGGGUGUCUUCCAAAUGCUAUAAAUGUAAAAUGUACAAGAAACUGUGUUUACAGUAUGUUGUAAGAGGACAAACAGGUUGUUCCAUGUUUUUCAGUGGAGCAGUACAAUUUUAGAAAAUACUCUAAAUGGCUUGUUUCAAAAUCCUAUUAAGAAAACUUAAAAUGCUGUGAUGUAUGUAAGGCCAUCCUCCUUGAGUCCAUCAAUACAUAUUAUCGAUAGCUAGAAAAUCAUAGGUAAUGAUUAGAGAUGCAUCAAUACUAAAUUUCUCAGCCGAGACCGAUAACCGAUUAUUCAGAGUGAUAUCGGCCAAUACCAAUACCAACAGUUCUGCCUUUUAUGCCUUCUUAUAAAUUAAUUAAUAAUAAUUAAUUCCACAAUUCUGAAGGAAAUGCAAAUAAAAACGUUAUUCUCUCCAUUUCAUCAAGUUCUUUCACAAUAACUGGUCUCAUAAACAGAAAACACAUAACUCUAAUUAACAUUAACACAUGAACUCAAUUCUGAAGAUUAAAGUAAGAUUUCUUAACUUAUUGAAUGUUAUUCAUUCAUAUUAACAUUGACUGAAAUCUAAAAAACCUCCUGUUAGUCUCACAUUCACUCACCACAAACAAAGGCAUUUCUACUUCAUCACUGAACAUCAAACUGGUAUAAUAUAAACUUUUUUAUAUAUUAACAUUAACGGGAUAUGAAAUACACUACUCUAUAAAUAUAUUUUUCUGUGCAAUAUAUACUUUUUUGUCGACUGAUCUUCAUUUAAAUCUUUCAACGGUGUACGGGCGCUUUAAUUCAGCUCGAGCAGCUUGGCAAAAAGAAAAUUAGACUCUAUGCUGAAACUCCCGCUUCACUGCUGCUCACUUCCGGUGUAGAAUUUUAGCAGUACAGAGAUUACAAACUGCAGUUUUGUCGUCAUUCCACACAAGAGACAUCAUCUUUACACACAGCACGAAUUCAAUGUGUUUUCCCGCCCUCUUUUCAUUGACAGGAUAUAAUCGGCCCUGAUCAUCGGAUGUUUCAAAACUAUCGGCCAAUAGCCCGUAGCGGGAAAAAUGACCAAUAAUCGUUAUCGGCCGAUAUAUCGGUGCAUCUCUAGCAAUGAUACUUAAGAACUAUUACCUACUUGGAAUGGAUAAUGAAUUAUGGAUUGUAGACAAUGUGUUAGCAUUGUGCUAUAGGUCUGACACAUGAUGCCAUGACUGUGGAGAUGUUUACAUGGCUGGAUAUUUACAUACCAUCAUUGUUUAGGUCACUUCUGCAAGGAGAGAUAAGACCAUUUUUUAAUCAGUUCCAACAUCUAAACUCAAACUUAUGCAGCACUUAUUAGUGAUUAGUAAAUAAUGAAUCAAACUCCUCAUAUAUUAAAUGCUGUAGAUUCUAUUGAAUAGAUCACUGUCACAGUGUACACACCUUGCUGACUAUGCUGUACUGACAUGUAUGUGACAUGCUCUCCCCUGUAUAUCACUGUGUCUAGUGUGCUGUAGCAGCAUCAUGCAUAUGGGAAUGAUAAUCUAAUCUUGGCCACAGAUAUAAGGAGCAAAGGCAAAAUCAGCCCCUGUGUUCAGGCCACUCUCUGCCUUUAUAGAAAUAAUGGGCUUUAAUGGCCCUUUUUAUUCUGUCCUCAUUGAUUCUUAACUUGAGUACUAUAUCCAGUUCCACACACUUUCUCGGCUCUUUUCGCCUUGCCUCCUUCACCCCCAUGCCACGAUUGAUUUUAGGUCGCAUGACAAGUCUAAAGUCGAAUAGCGACGGAUUUAACGCUGUCGAAUAAAGGCACAGCUCAGCACGCAGUCAUUAUGUCAUCAACCAAGACACCUCAAUCACCAGUUUCCACAACAUCAACGCUAAUAACAACACAUCUGGUGGAAAACAAUGUGCUUGUUAGUGCAGGGAAGCACAAAAAUAAAAGGGAAGAGGGUCUGAUCUAAUUUACUAGCCGUUUUUAAUACAAUCAAUUACCCCUGCUUUCCGAGCUCGUCUGAGCUCGACUGUUUUCCCGCCACCACGCACAACAGAUAAUGUUUGUGUUGACAGCAAUUAAUUGCUUUCUGGUUUGGGAGAUUAAAUUAGUUACGUGAGGUGAGUGUAACACACGGCAGGACUUUUUAUCGUUGAGUAUAAAUUAACCUUUUGUUUUUCUGUGCCAUUAAAUAAAUAUGCACUGUAAUGUU